AAAUUAAUUUGCAUACGCUCUUUUGACGGCCUAUCAUUAUGGCUGCCGACACGUUGAUAGCCGAUAGGUCUCCCUGAAUUGUAGUAUGCCGCUAAAACUGUGUUCAAAAUGGAGGCGGAUACUGUUCACCAAGUGUUGCAAAAGAAACUGCCCUGUUAUAAUUUCGGGUAUCAUCUGUGUUCUUAUUGUCUUCCACAUCUUCCUGCGUACACGACUGGAAGACUUCCUCCAUCCUAGAAGUGCACGCUGGGAUUACCAAUGCGGACAACAUCAGAAGAGGAUUAAUUCACCGGAAGACCUUCUCUGCCAAGAGAGAAAAAAGUUCUUGCCCAAUUUCAAGAACCCGUGUUGGUACGACUUCACAGGAAACAACUCCUACAACCGCCUCAGAUGUCUUCCCUACUUUCAUAUUAUUGGGGUGUGUAAGUCUGGCACCACCGACUUGUUUAAUCGACUCGUUCAGCACCCCCAGAUUGUCAAGAACAGGGGUCUAAUGUCCAAGGAGACCUGGUUUUGGUCCUGGCAUCGGUACGGGACAGAACUUUGGCGUAAAGUGAAUCCAAAGAAGUUCAAAAACUUGGACAAUUUUCUAGAUUUCUUUCAAAUUCCGAAAAUAUCGGAAUUUAAGGUAUCUUCAAACGGCUCUCGGUAUUCAGAGAUUAUAACAGGCCACGCUGACCCAAUGGACUUCUGGGACCACACACUGUGGUGGCUCAUUCCUCAGAACAACGGGAACGCGUCAGAGCCGGUGUUCACCACCCCUCACCUUAUACACCACGUACAGCCAAACAUUAAACUGAUCCUGCUGCUACGGGAACCAGCGGAAAGAUUAUACAGUCACUACUAUCAUAUCGGGUAUGGUUCGUCUCCUGAAGAUUUUGAGGUAGACGUGUCGGCCUCUAUACGGUAUCUGGACCGGUGCCGGGCCAAGUCUAGCCUCCGAUCCUGUUUAUACAACAGAACACUAUUCAAGGAAAUGCCAACCCCUUUAUUUGCCUCGUUUUACGAUGUUCACAUGGCCAACUGGCUAGAAGUCUUUCCUAGAAAUCAAAUAUUCAUCAUGCGAACCGAAGAUUUCGACAAAAGCAAAAAAAAGUAUCUCUUACAGCUGUUCAAAUUUUUGAACGUAGGUGAUGUAGAAGAACGGAUAUAUUGGAAAAGUGAACGAAAGACAAUGACCCAGCACAAGGUGUAUAUGAACCAGAUUCACUGCAGCUCGCUGCUGUGUGAGCUGGCCCAGAUGUGGAGGAGUCAGGCACUGUGUGAUGCCAUUAUCAAGGCAGGAGCCAUCACAGCCAAGGCUCAUCGGUUGGUACUGGUGGCGGCGUGUCCUAUGCUCAAAUCCAUGGAAAGUGCUUCUGUAGGCUCUCACCUAGAAAUCCGCUUGGCCUCCGAUAUCAAAGAGGAAUCUAUCCACACAUUUCUACAGUACUUGUACGAAGGCUGUAUGGUCCUGACUGAGGACAAUUACAAGGAUAUUGAGAAGAUUGGUCGAAUUCUACAGGUCGACAGCGUCAUUAAAUGCUGCUCAGACUUCUACAAGUGUCUCAAUUCUUCCUCCCAGUAUAAGUAUGACUAUUAUGAUCAUGUGGAGUUCAAACAUGUCAGACAGACGGAUAUGUUAAAGUUCAGUGAAAAGUCCAACAAGAGGGCUACGGACUCCAAAAUUACAGGACAUAGUGGAAAACGACAAAGGAUUCACAACCCUGACUCACCGCUGUUUAGUGCUACUUCUAGAAUGGACGAUAGAUCUGGAUCCUCAAAUUUUAGCAAUCUCAAAGACCCCAUCCGUCCGUAUAAAAUGGGUCCAGCCAGUGUGUCCAGGCGGACUAAUGGUAGCGUGGAUGUUGUGGAGGACGGCGUACAGAUCCAGCAUGUGGAUAAGGAUUCAUCUUCCAGCUCUCCACAAGUGGUGGAUACCGCAUCCUCCAUGUCUGUCUCUAUAGCAAGUCAGAUACAGCCCGAUGUUAAUGUUCAGGUUUUGAACAUGAUGAAUACACAUUCUACCUCUUCCCCUUCUGUGGGCCCCCGGAUCCCCAGUAAGCCCCCUCUGACAGGCCCCUUCCCCACUGAGUCCACUGAUGGUAGGUCUGAUUCACCUAUCUUCAUAGCUGGAGCUGUUUCGAGGGGGUUUGGAGCCACCGUGGUGCCCCCCUCCAAGUCCUUUGCUAUGGGGAGCCCCACCAUGGUUCCUGUAGGACCGGCUCAGUUCCCAACCUUUGUAAAGGAGAACUUAUCAAUGCCCACUAACGCUGAAGAAGAUGUUGCAGGGAUAAAAACUCGAUCGGACUCUAGAUCCAGCCUUGCCACGAGCAGUCCAGACCCGUCCAUUGUGAAGAAGGAGCCAGGAACCAGUACACCGUACGUAGAAGUCCAAGAGCAAGGCAUGGUGAUGGUCCGUCGUCCGGACGGUCGGGACACUGACACUGAGCAGCAGGAGGAGGUGUCCAGUGACCUGGAGAUCGAGGAACCCCCUCCGGACGACAGUUACACAGGCGAGGCUGGGAGCGAGGCGUCCUGGAUGGCCGGACAAGCUGGAAAUGAAAGUUUAACAGAGAAAGGUUCCUGGCACAGCAUUGAUACAGGAGGGGGUCCGUAUGCUUUGGUCGAGGAACAGGGGGGAGAGGCCAAGUUUGACCGAAGUGAGAUGAAAUUUGAUGGAACUGAUCUGAAGUUCUAUGACGAGGUACUUCCUGGUCACAGGCUUAUCCGAAUAGAAGGAAGUAAGAAAGCGUGUGCAUAUUGUGACAUACAGCGCUUGAAAACUAAGUCAGGAUGGCAGAUAAAGUCCUACUUUAAGUGCCUGGCCUGCGACAUCCCUCUCUGUAAGUCUGAUAAGGAGUGCUUUCUGAGAUAUCAUGAGCUAAGGCUCGAGCAACCCAAUGUUCCACCCAAGGAACUCCAUAAAAGACUGAAAACCAAGAACAAACCACUGCUCCUACACAAUGUGACCCCCUCACAGAUUAAGUCUUCCAACACGUCGUCACCUGCCACUAACGUCUCUCUUGAAGAAUCGGUCACCACUGCUGAUAUUAUCAGGGCUCACUUGUCCCCUUCAGACUUCUCGGAACAGAACCCCGCCCCUCCACUUCUGACUCCUUACCUGUACAAUACCUCAAAUGUUCCUCCCUUGGAUGUGGAUUCACCGGAGCAAAGCAAUAGUGGAUCUCCAGAAAAAUCUGACGUGCUGCCUAAAAGCAACAAAAAAGGAGAGAAACAGCAGAAUUCUAAAGAAGGAAGCACCAGAAAGUCUCGAAAAUCUGUGAAGACCAAACCAAUGAAAAUUGUUUUUAAUGAAGAACAGAAUGACAUGCUUGCAAAUGAUGAUUCAAGGUUCAGGAAGGCCCAGAGGUCUGUGCAGCCAAGGAAAGGAAAUCCCUCUCCCCCCAGUCAUUCCAUGUAUGAACAGCAUCCCCCCGAGUCCCCGUCCACUAACACAUUCACCACCGAACAGUUUCUGAGAAUAAGCGGUCUUGUAGACCCCCAACCGAAUCUUGAAUUGGUCCAAACCGAUCCCCUCAACUUCACAGACCCGAAGGAUUUUUACAUGACAGAUGAUGAUGGGGAGGUACACAGAUUGAUAGGAAACCCAGGGCAUAAAGCCCUCACCUGUGUCUAUUGUAAAGCCAAGGGGAACAAAACGGCGUGUGGGUGGCACAUCAAAUGCUACUACCGAUGCAAUGCUUUUUCAAAUUACAUGGAACUUAUGAUGGGACACAGUCGAAAGGCAGGCAGUUCACGCAUUUAUCCUCGAGGUCAAGACGACGAGGGUUUUACUCAGUAUUUGUUGAGCGGAACCCUGGAAAUCCCAGCAUCUGAUUGGACAGUUGAUCCAGCUCAUCGCCUCGUGUCCACAGACGAGCGCAAAUUACGUCCCUGUUAUUACUGCUCUCUGACGAAAGUGAAAACAAAGUCAGGAUGGCUUUUAUACUACGCAUUAAUUACAGAAGUAAUCGAGCCCAUUUCGGUCCAGGGGUUCUAUUGCUCAGACCAAUCCCUGGGCCGUCCCUACAAGGAGGGCUCGAUUAGCAAUAACGCUGUGUACGCCACGGGCGGCCUGCCGCUUGUAUUUGUAAUAGUAACUGCAUACAAUGUGAUACCUUUAAAAAAGCUAUACCGAGUGUGGGUAUCGUACGCAUUCGGAAUAUCGUCGAUUUAUUUAUUCAUGAACAUCUUGAAAUUGUUCUACGGGGAGCUAAGGCCAAACUUCUUUGAAGCAUGUAAACCCGAGUGGCCAGGCAUGAACUGCAGUGGUUACGUCUCCGAGUUCAACUGUACGGGGACUAACAGAAAGGCUGCCAUAGAAUCAAUGCGGAGUUUCCCGUCGAGCCACGCCGGUAUUACCACCUUUGGAAUGCUGUACUUGAUAAUUUUUACACAAGAAGUUUUUAUAAACAGAAAUAACCGGUAUCACAUCGGCUGGGCCAUAUUUCAGUGGGCGGGCUUUCUGUGGGCGGUUUAUGCAGGGAUGUCACGCAUCACUGACAACAAACACCACAUACAGGAUGUGGCGGCCGGGUUCUUCAUUGGCUCAACUACUUCUUAUUGGGUGGCUUACCAGUGGUCAGGGCUUGGCGAAAUCGGAAAUCCAAAAACAGAGAAUGAUGGGAAAUCCAAAAACCACGUGAUUACUCAUUGCUCUUGUCAGAACGGUAUAUCAGUGGGGAAGCCAAAGGAAAGUUAACACGGAUCAAGUAUAUAUAAUAAAGACCUGGCUGUUUUUGAGUGGUUUGAAAGAUGGUGUGGUUAUUUUCCAUAUAGUCCAAAAUAUAUACAUGUAUGUUUGUACUCUUUGUUUUAAUUUUUGAAAUGUUAAGCUACUAUUUAGAUUUAUAAUUCUGUAAAUGAAAUGAAAUGAAGGAACUCAAAGUUUAUUACAUCUUACAAUCCUAGUAUUAUACUUUCUUACAAAAGUAUCUUAAUCUGAAUCAGGUUUUAAACGAAUCUUAUCCUAAUGGUAAUCUGAACAAAUGAAGCAUUAUUGUUAAAGAACAAGUCCACAUUGUGUUUAAUUUGGAUUUUUUGGGAAGAAUGCGAAACUUUGUAGUUUGCCGAUUGAAGUUUGACAUUGUAUACGAUGACGUCAACAAUCAAUGUGUUUUUGUCCCCUUUUCAUCUUCAUUGUCGUGUAUGAUAUGACUGAUUGCCACGUUAUGCCUUUUUGAUACUGCUAUUUGUUAUCCUGAAAUCCACUGUGUGCUUUCAUUGCAGAAAGGUAUUUGUAUUCAUAUUGAGUGUAAUAUCUAUUUUCCAAAAAAAAGCAUUCUUCUAUAUUCCAGAUUGAGGUGUUUGUUUGUGGUGAUGAAUUUUGAAUACUAUUUUUUUAGUGUGAGAGAUAUUGAGAAUAAGAUAGACGAUCUUUUCAUUUAGGUUAUCUAAUUACAUUAAUCUGAAGUUUCAGAUUGCAUUGCUAUCAAUUCAUUUUGUAAUUAAUGGCUCGAAAUCGUAUUAUUUUAUACGAACACACUGUAUCCUACGAUUUUGUAGUGGACACUGAACAAAGCCGAGUUCGUGUACUAUCUAGAGUAUUAAUUUUACUUGUCAGUGUUGAGAUCAGCAAAACAUGGAAUAUAAGACAGUCGUUGUCUCAAGUCAGUAAAAUUGUGUUCUUCAUUGAAUCAGUGUAACGUUUUACAGUAUGUGGGAGAGAAGUCAGAAAGCCUCUGAGUUUGAUCGGUUGUAAUGCCCUUGUUUUAUACGUGAGCCUACAUAUAUUUCUGUUACAGGGUGUGUGUUUUGAUUUACGUAAAUCAAGUUAAUAUAUACCCAGAUGAUAAUUUACUGUAGAUUUCAAAAUAUUGUAUUCUAUUUUUUACCUUUAAUUUAUUGAUAUGUCACUUGAACUGUUUCCCAAAACAUUUUUGACUUCAGUUUGCUUCAUUAUACCUGGUUCAAACAGUGACAACAAAUGCUCUGUUGGGCAUAAACAUGUACUUUGAAAACCAGUUAUGUGAAGAAAACAGAUUCCUAGACAUUUCAAAUAUAUUUUUGAGGAUUGUACCUGUAAUGUCUGAAAUGCCUUAACAUUAUAGCUUUGUAUUAGAUCAUAUACCAAAGGGCGUAUUUACCACACUUUUUUAAACCAAGCAGACCAAAGAAUGAUUCUUACAUGUAUUUGAAUUGUAAGUUUAGUGUUUGUGAACUGAAUACACGUGUAUAAUAGUAAGGUAAAGGUUCAUGAAACCUGCAAUACACAUGUGUAUUAAUGGGAAGGUUAAAGUCAAUCUUGCAGUUUAAUUUUAUAUAUUAAUGAAAGGUGAAGGUUCAUUAAUCCUGUACACGUGAUAACAAAUACCGGUAACUCUUUCGGGGGGGGGGGGGGGGGGUACAUGUAAUUGUUAACUUCGAAUGUUCUUUCUCUAAAUUUUCUCUUUAAAUCAUAAAAUAUCCACAAGGGAUGUUUGAAUUUCUGGAAAAAAUUUUAUGAUUUGGAUUCCCUUUUGAAAAAUGUUUGGCCUAAAGCUGAGAUUUGUGUACAGGGUGUUGAUGAACCUUAAAGAGUACAUGUUAUACGUCUUUUGUGUUGCACAAGAUCGUAUGUCCUCAGCGCAUACUUAUAUUCGCUUUGUGUUUUACUUGUAUGAUUCACUAUCAGUUUUGUGAUUUUUUUGUUCUUUAACAAUUUUCAUUUGAAUUAACAGAAAUGAAUAGAUUAUUCAUUUUUUUUUUUUACAUUAAAGGAUAUUACAAUUUU